GGGUUCAUGAUCGCGAUAAUUAGGGGGACAUGGCGCCCUAGGUAAGGGGGUCAUGGUGCCUUAGGUAAAGGGGUCGUGGUGCCUUGGGGUCGUGGUUCUCGAGUUCAGGGGGUCGUGGCCCGCUCGGCUGUCGUCACUCGGCUCGCGUCUCUGGGAGGAGCCGGGCCAGUGUGGAGACUCCUCCUCGGCCCGGCCUCCCCCUCACCCCGCCCGGGCGGCGGCGCUCGCAGCCCAGGGGUUCCCCAGGUCGAGCUGAGAAGGAGCGAGGAGGAACGGAGGAGAGGAGCAGCGAGCAGGGAGAGAGGGACGAGAGGAGGCGGCUCUCCGCCUAUGCCGACCACAGCGAUGGUGGCGGCGCGGAGCGGCGCGCACCCGGUGCCUUGCGACUGGGUUCCCUGUCUCGACAAAAGGCCGUCUGAGCGGAGCAUGGAGGACGUGGAGCUCGUGGCCGCCCGCCUCAAGCAGCUGAAGGCCUUCGAGGAGUUCCACCCCAACCUGCUGCAGCAGAUCUCGCUGCUGGGAUACUACGAGGAGCUGGAGAGGGGCAUCACUCUCUUCCGCCAGGGAGACAUCGGUACCAGCUGGUACGCCGUGCUGUCUGGCUCCCUCGACGUCAAGGUGUCGGCCACAGGAAGCCACCAGGACUCGGUCACGCUGUGCACGCUGGGCGUGGGCACGGCGUUCGGCGAGUCGAUCCUGGACAACACGCCGCGCCAUGCCACCAUCCUCACGCGCGAGCGCAGCGAGCUCCUGCGCAUCGAGCAGAAGGACUUCAGGGCCCUUUGGGAGAAAUAUCGACAAUAUAUGGCUGGACUCCUCGCUCCUCCAUAUGGGGUGACUGAAGCCACGCCUGGAAACGGCAUAGCUGACAAAGAAAAUAUCAGCGGCAAUGCCUCGUACGCCUCCGCCAAGCUUCCGAGCAAGACUCCUAUAAUAGAGACCACAGUCUCCCACCGUCCAUUAAAACCUCUGGGCCAGGUUUCGCUCAUGAGCCAGGUCCCCUCGGAGAAGGUUCUCCACGCUGGCGUCGUCCUGAGGAACGUGAUCCUGAGCAGAGCCUCUCACAUGAUCAGGGACCGCAAGUACCACUUGAAAACCUACAGGCGGUGCUGCGUGGGGGCCGAGCUCGUCGACUGGCUCAUGCAGCAGAGUCCGAGCGUGCACGCGCGCACCCAGGCCGUCGCCAUGUGGCAAGUGCUGCUGGAGGAGGGCGUCCUCAAUCAUGUCGACCAGGAGCAGAACUUCCAGGACAAGCUGCUCUUUUACCGCUUCCUGGAGGACGAGGCGGAAACGCCGCUGUUCCCCCUGGUGGACGAGCUGCGCGAGAGCGAGGAGGAGCUGCAGGAGACGCUCAUCCUCCUGUCGCAGCUCGGCCCCGACGCCCUCAUGAGGAUGAUCCUGCGCAAGCCACCCGGCCAGCGGGGGCCGGACGACCUGGAGAUAAUCUACGAGGAGCUUCUCCACAUCAAGGCUCUCUCCCAUCUCUCCAUCACGGUGAGGCGGGAGCUGGCCAGCGUACUGAUAUUUGAAUCCCACGCCAAAGCUGGCACCAUCUUGUUUAACCAGGGCGAGGAGGGCACCUCGUGGUACAUCAUCCUCAAGGGCUCCGUCAACGUCGUCAUUUAUGGAAAGGGCGUUGUGUGCACGCUCCACGAAGGCGAUGAUUUUGGCAAGCUGGCCCUUGUGAACGACGCUCCUCGGGCGGCCUCCAUUGUCCUGCGAGAAGACAACUGCCACUUCCUCCGUGUGGACAAAGAGGACUUCAACCGAAUCCUGCGAGAUGUGGAGGCCAACACUGUGCGGCUCAAGGAGCACGGCCAAGACGUCCUGGUGCUCGAGAAGAUCCCGUCGGGAGGCAGGGUGGCCCUGCAGGGCGGUUCCCAGGUGCACUACAAGUACUCGGUGAUGUCCGGGACCCCCGACAAGAUCCUCGAGCACCUGCUGGAGACGAUGCGGCCCGACACCAAGUUCGAUGACACGAAGGAAACCUUCCUGGGAGACUUCCUGCUCACCCACGUGGCGUUCAUGCCGAGCAGCCAGCUGUGCCCCGCUCUCAUGGGACAGUACCACGCCGAGUCGACGCGGUCGCAGGGCUCGGAGCAGGAGAAGGCCGACUACUCGCUGAGCACCAAGCGGCGCGUCGUGCGGCUCGUGCUGCAGUGGGCGACCGUUUACGCGGAACUCCUCCAUGAGGACGUCGCCGCCACCGCCUUCCUCGAGGAGUUCCACAUCUCAGUGCUGGAUGACGCACGUCUGCAUCCCAGCCUCAAGGAAGACCUGACCGAGCUGGAGAAACUCAAAGCCAAGACUUUAUCGAACGGCAUCCAAAACAAGUCCACGCCGAAGAAACGUCUCCUGCGGCAGUUCAGCAUCGGAGAGGAGCGUCUGCAGAAGUGUCAGCCCAUCCGAGGGACUGAUGAGAUCCUCUUCAAGGUCUACUGCACCGACCACACCUACAUGACGAUCCGGGUGCCGAUGGCCGCCACCGUGAGGGAGGCGAUAGCGCCAACGACCGACAAGCUGGGCGCCGCUGAGGACCUAGUGCUCGUCAAAGUCAGCUCUGCCGGCGAGAAAGUGGUGCUGAAGCCCAACGACGUGUCGGUGUUCACGACGCUCAGCGUCAACGGGCGGCUCUUCGUGUGCGCCCGCGACCUCAUCGACUCGCUGACGCCACUGGCGGAGCAGGAGGGCCCCGCCGUGGGCUCGGUCGGCACCUUCGAGGUGAUGGGCUCCAAGGAUCUGGCUCACCAGCUCACAGUCUACGACUGGGAGCUCUUCCACUGCGUGCACGAGCUGGAGCUCAUAUACCACACGUUUGGGCGACACAACUUCAGAAGGACCACGGCAAACCUGGACCUGUUCCUGCGGCGCUUUAACGAGCUGCAGUUUUGGGUGCUCACCGAGAUCUGCCUCUGCCAGCAGCUGAGCAAGCGCGUGCAGCUGCUGCGCAAGUUCAUCAAGGUGGCCGCACACUGUAAGGAGUACCGCAACCUCAACUCGUUCUUCGCCAUCGUGAUGGGGCUGAGCAACGUUGCCGUGAGCCGCCUCACGCAGACCUGGGAGAAACUUCCCGGAAAAUUCAAGAAAAUCUACUCGGAAUUUGAAAGUCUCAUGGACCCCUCCCGCAACCACCGCGCGUACCGCAUGGCCGUGUCCAAGCUCGAGCCGCCGUACAUCCCGUUCAUGCCGCUGCUCAUGAAGGACAUGACAUUUACGCACGAGGGGAACAAGACCUUCAUCGACAGCCUGGUGAAUUUUGAAAAAAUGCACAUGAUCGCCGAGACGGUGCGGACGGUGCGGGUAUGUCGCAGCCGCUCCUUCAAUGAAAUCGCCUCCACAAGCCGGGCUUAUUUGUCCAUACUUCCCCUCGCUGGCCCCGACCCAUCGCUCGCCGCCAAGAACCACGCAGACGUGCGCGCCUACGUGCGGCAGCUGGCUGUCAUCGACAACCAGCGCACGCUCUCGCAGCUCUCCAACAAGCUGGAGCCGCGGCGCCCCUGAGCCCCCCCUGGUGUCAGCGCCCCGUCGCCGCUCCCCCCGCCCCCAACCCCCGCCGCUGCCCCUCGAGGUGGCUGCCCCUCGAGGUGGCUGCCCCUCGAGGUCGCUCUGAUCGGCGCCACCGCUGCGCCCAGUGAGGGGCAGCGGUGGCAGCGUUGGUGCUAGGAAGCGCCGACGUCUCCGGCACCGGCAACGCCGACGCGAGUCGAAGCGUGAUCCGUUUACGCUCACCGCCACGCGACCCCCACGACCCCCGCGACCCCGCGACCUCGCGACCCCACGACCCACGACCCCAACGGCCGCAUGGCACUCGUCUCGAUUGCACAAAGUUUUUGAAGCACACGGAAAUGUGAAUCUCCGCACAUGCAGACUUGCAGCGGGAAAAAACGUUCACUAAGAUUUGUACUUUUUUUCUACAGCUAGUGAAGCUCGUUAUAUUCUGGUGAUUUUCUUUUUUAUCGCUGGUUUUAUUUGAUUUUGAAUGUUUUUAUUCCUGACAUUUCUCGACAGUUUUUUUGUGGCGUUGAAUGAUGACCCUGUGAGGCACCCCCAUUGCACCGUGCGGUUGACUUCUGUUCUCUUUCGUUAAAACGCUCGUUAAAACCUGGCCGCCGAUUUAUCAGGUUGCAUUCCCCCCCCCCCCCCCCCCAGGUCGUGUCAACACGGCACUUGUAUACUAUUUCUGUAAAAAUCAUGACGCCGAGGUGGCCGAUUUUACCGCCCUUUCAAUCGCUGUUGUCUCUUCGUCGACGAAGCAUUGCGCUGACUGCAAAGGAAGCCGCCGCCUGUGCUUCACAAUUUCUGCGGCAGCGAAGUUUAACCGUUUGUUAAUGAUUUUUGUUUUUCCUGUUGCAAAGAAGGGGCUUAACUAAGUUUCCAGCCUAAAAAAGAAAAAAAACACGCUCCAAGCAAAGCACCGAAUGCUUUUUAAAAAUGUUGUGGACAAAAAAAAAGAUUGUGUAGUAAAAUACACAAACGGAAUGCGUGCGGACGGAGCGAUUUCUUUGCUUUUCUCUUGGGAAGGAAGAGAUGGUAUUUUUGCAUUUUUAUAUAAUUGAAAUUAGGGUCGACCUGCAGCGGCCCAAACCUUUAGAGCCGCGUGCGCGCGUUCUCCCGGAUGCCGCUUUGCGGUGUAAAACUGCAGAAUUACCAACUCCCUUCAGAAACAUGCUCGGUCACGCGUUGCGUGCAUGACCUUCGCGUACGUUCAUCGCGCCACGUUCAUGGUCACUGUUCGUCGGCUGCAGUUGUUAAAUGACGCCUGCAAGCCUGCAGGGUGUGAGAUGAGACCUCCCCGCGUCUCCGCUGUGCCCCGGUUCGUGCCACAGUCCAUGCCCGGCGCACACCGGCGUCGAGUAAGACAAAGCUGCGUACGGAGGAGGUUUGCGCGGUUUUGCUUCUGCAGCUCUCCGAUGUGUAUUUCCGUGGCCGUACAGCAUGUUGCCUGACGUCUCUGAAGUGGCUGCCAUCGCGAUCAGCGCCUCCGAUUGGCGUACGUCGGCUGUGCACGAUGCGAAAGAAGUUCUCCGUACGUACGUGCAUCGUGUCGAACGAACAACACCACGCGUCUCAACCCGACGUACGCACCCGGAGCGCUUGCAACCAACGUUGAGUGACCGCCGACGGCAGCGCGCCGCGGCGCCAGCUGCACGCCGAGGCGCGUGGGGUGGCACAGCGGCGAGGCGCACCCCGUGAGAGCCUCAUGCGUGAGACUCUCACGAGAGCUCUCACGUGAAGAGCCCGUAGCGCCGCGUUCGCACGCGGCUCCGCGUUUGUACGAGCCGUGAGCGAUUUGCCGUUGUUUCUCAACGGCAACUUUACACCGAAGACAUGAGGUCCCCCCCCCCGUCCCCCGUGUCGCCUUGACAAGACUGUUGGGGCGAGUGGUGUUGGCGAGCAGCACCUUAGGCAUUUUCAUCGCCUGCUAGCCGAGCUUACAAUUCGUGUAGUGCGGCGCUAGGAAAGUAGCCGUGGUGUGACCAGUUCCCUGAUAUGAACUUGGGAAAUGUAAAUGUCACUGGCUCCAAAGGAGCAAUCGCCCUGUUUCAGUGGUGAUUGUGGCUGAUGCUCAGGCACUCAAAUGUAGGUGGUGGUGUGUGUGUGUGUGGGGGUGGGGCAGGGGUCAUAUGCUGACAAGUGUUUAUUUGUCAAUAGUAAUUAGUGAUGUGCAUAUGCAUGGUGAUCUGUUGAGCAGGGAGAAUUGACCGCACUGAUGAGUGGUGUGCGUGUGGCGGUGCUGAUGAGUGGUGUAGCAGUGCUACUGAUGAGUGGUGCGCGUGGCGGUGGUGAUGAGUGGUGUAGCAGUGCUACUGAUGAGUGGUGCGCGUGGCGGUGGUGAUGAAGUGGUGUGAGUGGUGGUGCUGAUGACUCGGAGGGCCAGGCAACAGGGGAGGGAUACUGAAGCUCGCAUUGCUCAGCCCCGCACCCGCAACAGUAACUUUGGCGCUUCCCAGGAAUAAAUCUGCCCAGGAGUUCUCAGACAUGGGUCGUGUUGUUGAACUGCUGUGCAAAUCCCAGUUUCGUUCAAUUUACCAUGUUCAUGCAUUUAACGGUCAACUUUAUUCCAAGUGUUAAACUGUUGGAGGUAUCCAAACACUGUGUACUGUAUUGUUUAUGGCCAAAAUGUGUUUUUGCUGUCGUCAACCAAAUGUGUUGCACAUGAACACAGUACGCACUAUGAUACAAUUACCUUUCGCGCUGCGUUUUUUUUGUUUUAAACGCGCAAUCUCAUUGCAACUACUGAAUUGGCAAGUCCUACUAAACUAUGGCGCAAGCUUUAUUAAUCUCUCACCUGUUCUUAUAAUUAGGGUUUAAUUUUGCCAAAAGUAUUUUUGAAAAUGACGAACCUGUUACUUUCUUUUGUAUAGCCCAGUAUUUAUUGUUAAUUUAUAUGCACAUCUAUAUUGUAAUAUAAUUAACUGUGUACAUGUCUCCCUGCAAUUAGACGUCUUUAGUCGUAUAUUAAACGGAGAAGCGUGCUGAUUACUUGCUGCUAGCGUAUCUCCAGCACCCUCGCAAACAUGCCAACAUGUUUUAAGCCUGAGUUGCCCCUUGGAUUAUACAUCGAUCUCUUUGCCAUGCUCUUGCAAAGCAGCAAGUGGGUUCUUGCAAUAAUAUAUACAACUGUCACUUUGUCGUGCAUGUAUUUCAUUUAAAAAAAUACAAAAAGUGUUGGUAUGAU